GGGUCCUAUUCCUGUAUUCCAAGCUAGAAAAACAAAUAUACAGAAUAUACAAAAUUAUCUUCACAAGGUACAAACCAUUAUAAAAUUAUUACCAUAGGAAAGAGAAAAGGAUUUACCUGUGGAAAGCGAAAGAACUCCAUCGAGAAGUGGGGUUGUGGGGUCACCCUGUGUGUAAUGCGUUGCGGCCCUCGAAACCAGACACCCUCCCAUCGUUUUCUGCAAAUAAAUGGAGUUGAUUUUACACCAGAUUCUACCUUCAAACCAGAAACGUUAAUUAAGUCAUCCAUUCAUUUUGGCCUUUCAAGAAUUUCGCUUGCCGGAAAUUUGAUCACAGGAGUUGAUUAUGGUGGAAAACGGGCACGGGCACGGGCACGGACACGGACACGGACACCAUCACCCACCAUCCGCGGCGCCUCCGCCGUCCAUCAUCCACCCGCCGUUGGGUGCUGCUAGAGGACCUGCUUUUCCACCCUCCGAACAGCUUCUCCAGCUAAACUACUGCAUCCAUUCCAAUCCUUCAUGGGGUCAAACUGUUUUGCUGGCAUUCCAACAUUAUAUUGUGAUGCUUGGAAGUAUUGUUAUGAUCGCUACCAUGCUUGUACCUCAAAUGGGUGGUAAUCAUGGUGAUAAGGCUCGUGUAAUUCAAGCUACACUCUUUAUGUCUGGAUUGAAUACCCUUUUACAAACUUUACUCGAUGAAGACUUUCCAUCUGCGCAUCAGAGAUUUCUCCACACUAUGAGGGCUAUUCAAGGAUCCCUAAUAGUAUCUUCAUUCAUCAAUAUAAUUCUUGGAUUUAGUCGGGCGUGGGGAGAUUUCACAAGGUUAUUUAGUCCUGUUAUUAUUGUCGCAUAUAUUUGUGUAGUCGGUCUUGGUUUAUCUGGACGUGGGUUUCCUCAGCUUGGAAAUUGUGUGGAGAUAGGUCUGCCUAUGCUUAUAUUUUUGGUCGUCUUUCAACAGUAUAUGAAGCACCUCCAUAAUAGGGCUCAUCCAAUUCUUGAAAGAUUUGCUUUACUCUUUUGCGUUGCACUUGUGUGGGCUUUUGCUGCUCUACUCACUGUAUCCGGUGCCUAUAACAAUGUUGGUAACAAAACCAAACUUAGUUGCCGGACCGAUCGUUCAUACCUCAUGGAAUCUGCUCCAUGGAUCAAAAUGUCGUAUCCAUUUCAAUGGGGAACUCCUAUAUUUAGAGCAAGUCAUGUUUUUGGUAUGAUGGGGGCGGUUCUUGUUACGACUGUAGAGUCGACAGGAACUUUUAUUGCUGCAUCACGUUUUUCAGGUGCCACGCCCCCUCCAGCACAUGUUCUUAGCCGAAGCAUUGGUUUUCAAGGUAUUGGCCAGCUACUUGAUGGGGCAUUCGGUUCAAUAGUUGGGACUACUGCAUCUGUAGAAAAUGUCGGACUUCUUGGUCUAACUCAUGUUGGAAGCCGAAGAGUAGUUCAAGUCUCAGCUGCUUUCAUGUUUUUCUUCUCCAUUUUCGGGAAAUUUGGGGCAUUCUUUGCAUCAAUUCCGUUACCAAUAUUUGCAGCCAUUUAUUGCGUCCUGUAUGGCCUUGUUGCUGCGGUUGGAGUUACAUUUAUUCAAUUCACAAACAAUAAUUCAAUGAGAAACAUCUACAUAUUGGGAUUAUCUUUAUUCUUAGGAAUAUCAAUACCCCAAUAUUUUGUUAUGCACACUAAUCUUGUCACGGGUCGUGGACCUGUAAAUUCUGAUGGUGUUUGGUUCAAUGAUAUAUUGAACACCAUAUUCUCUUCACCUCCGGUGGUGGCAAUGAUAGUGGGGACAAUACUGGACAACACGUUGGAUGCACAUGAUUCACGUGAGGACAGAGGUGUGCCAUGGUGGGUCCCUUUCCAACACAGGAAAGGCGAUAGCAGAAACGAAGAGUUUUAUAGUUUUCCUCUAAGGAUUCAUGAGUAUAUGCCUAAUAGAUAUCUAUGAUUGAUAAUUGAUUUUGUUAUACACACGUGCAUUGGUGGACGUAAGUUUUGUUGUAUAUUAUUACUAUAUGCAUGGUGGUUAAUUUUGAAAGCCAAGGCGUUAAAAAAGUUUGAUGGGAUAUAUAUUUUGAAAAUGUGGGGCCAACAGCCAUGCAGAGAGAGAUAGAGAUAGAGAUAAGGAGCG